AAUCCAAAAAGGUAUUAGUCGGAAAAAUUCGCCUGCAGAAGAAGACACCCCAAGAAUGACGUCAGGGCUAGAUUCGAUGCAACAGAGUCCAACCUCAAUGUGAUAAAUGUGAAGCCAUCAAUGCAGAAUGUAUUUAUGUACCUCGAAAAGCUCGGGCAAAGAAGCAAAGUAAUCCCUCUGAAAAAGACCUUUUACUGGACAUACUCAGACGUCUCGAACGUCUAGAGGAUCACUGUAGGAUCAGUUCACAUAGUAAAGGUCAUGGCGGUGCAUCCCGCUCAAUGUCAACUUCGUCGGACAUCACUGGAACGAGACCGGCAAGCAUCGAUUUGCUACACGGUAGCCAGCCUCAAACGCCAAACACACAACCCGUGAUCCACAGCAUGUUGAACGGGAUAAAAGAUGAUCAGGCCAGGUCACUGCUUUCUUCCAAUGUGUUUUGUCAUUUGCGGAACGUGGAGUCUCGCCUUUUUGAGAACGAAACAUGUGUGAAAGCGGUAGAAACUGCCAUGGAAGAAGUUGAACGCCUGGAAAGUACACGAGAAAUCAACGUACUAGAUCCUCCUGUCAUCACUAAAGAAAUGGCAAAGAGGUGGGUAAAAUCAUACUACGAAGCCUACCAGUUCGAGGGUUUUCGAGUUCCUCUUGAGAAGAGCUUCGUCAUGUCUAUCCCUGACCUGUUGGAAAUACCCCACGUCCACAUGGACAGUACAUUGAAGAUCAUUUACUACAACAUACUCCUUCAAGGCAUCAUAUUAGAUUCGGAAUACCUUCCUGGGAGAGGUAAAAUCAUACAAUAUCUUUACCAGAGUAGUAUGAUGUUGGUAGAUGACUGGCUAUGUCAUAUCGAAAACACUCUCCCGAACAUGUUUGCAGCUUUUGUUAUGAUAUCGAUGACGCUCGAGGGCUGUAAUAGCGAAAUGUCCUGGAAGAUUUUCGGCUAUGCCUGUAAUAUUGCUCGGGCUCUGGGAUUCUUCUCCGUCGAUGAACAAUCGGACGGACAAGAUCCUCAGUCUGUGUCGCAUAGUAGCAGUGAAAGUGAGGUGGAUAAAAAUCGAAAGCGAUUCGAAUUUUGGCAUCUUCUGAGGAUGGAUUGUCUGUUCCGUCUAUCCUUUGGCAAACCGGCCCUCAUACCCGGUGGGUCAUGGACAGUAAACUUCCCUGAUCCCACCAUUACCGGUGUUGAUGAUGCGUCGACGCGCUUUAUCCAGAUUCAUUUCCUAGCAUCGAUGCGUCUCACACUAACUCUAUUGAAAUACUUGGACUUGGAUGUUGAAAUGCAUCAAGAUACGGAUGUGUCUGAUCAGGCGCUCGAUGCCCUCAUUGCAGAAGUGCAAGCGAUCAUGUCAGACUGGAACGCGGAGGAACUUUUCAACAGCGCCACUAAUCAUGUUGACACUUGGUUCAGUGCGGAUAUCCUAUUCAGUAGCUACAAGAUGCUCAUCGUCUUCACGCAGUCCAAGAGGUGCAACCAGAGCAGUCAAUUCCUGCCAAGGCACACUGUAGAUGUCGCGAGGAAGUCUUUGAAAAUGUUUCAGUCUCUAAUGAGUGCGGAACUGCACGCGUACUGGGGUAUCAGUCUCAUACUACUGCACCAAUUUAUCCCGUUCUUUAUUCUUUGCGCGGAUAUUAUCGGAUCUCACAGAUACGAGCUCGAGGACGACUUCAUUCUGGUGUCCUGGCUUAACGACUUUGUGGACAAGGCAGCGGAGGAACGACCCGAGCUACGGCCAGUUGCUGCUAUAGCAAAGGCGAUGACCAUAGCUUGCCAACAAAUACAACUCCCCACUAGCUAAUUCUGUAGGGGUUACUAGACAUGCAGAUGACUGGGCUUAAGCUCAAGGUUGAGCUCCUCUGCCCUUGGUUUAGGCCGGAGAUUACUCAUAGUGGGACUCAUUGUGCCCUGUUGUCGUCUUCAGCUAACAUCGAUGACAUCAAUCAAUAAUUUAGUACCGGUUGACCAAAAAGCGCACCUAUGGUUGGACCUCCUAUAUGGACGACAUCCUUGCGAGUAUCCAAAAAGCGUAACAAAUUCCACUUGGUAUAUCCUAGACACAAAGAUCAUGGAGGUUAGGCUUGGAACCCCGAAGCGUGGCGUAUGGGCGCAUAGGGGCUCUCUU